AUGACUGGAAGAACUAGAAACUUGCAUGCUUCAACCCCUGCGAACCCUACUGCAGACACCCAGGAGCAGCCACUCAAACCAUGGAUAACCCCCAUGAAAGAAGUCCCAGAGGACUUACCAACCACUCAUGAGACACCAUUCUCUGCAUCUGUGACAGGGGAACCCUCUGAACCCACAAACAAAUCAAUCUCAGUGAAGAACAUCCUUGAGCAUCUCCCGCAGAAUCAAGCUAUUUUUCUACAAGGAAUGCUUACUGCCUGUAAACAUCCUCAAACUGAGUCUCUAGACAUGAUCUCCAGAGACACCUGUGAACUGAAAAGAAACUUCCUCAAGCCGCAAUCACUUAAGGCCAUCUAUCAAACCACAAUCUAUAAAAGCUUUUGCAAGUUUGCAUUUGAAAUUGACUCACAAGCUCAGCUGUGUGACAUGGAAGAUGAAGAAGCUAUCACCUACACAAUGACAGGCCUCUAUUACACUGAAGUCAAGGACUGGCUGGAUCAUCUAGGGAAUGAUCAUGAGAGAUUUCAAUGA